AAUCCACGUCUCUCCGCCCUGUUGCGAGAAUGCCGAUCGAAGAAGUGAGGGCGGAGACGGCGUACGAUGGGUCUUGUGAGCGAAAAAGAUGUGCUGCAGAGCCAAGCAAGCGGCCCGAAGUGAAAGGUAUAAUACAAAGCAGCAUGAUCGCCCACAUCUUUCUUUCUUCUCCCCAUCUAGUAUUUAUCCAAAAGACUCUCACCACCCACGAUGUCUCUCCCCACUCACUUUACUCUCAACAACGGCAAGAAGAUCCCUUCAGUCGGCCUCGGUACGUGGCAGUCGCCACCUGGCCAGGUUCGCGAUGCUGUUGAGGCUGCCAUCCGCGCUGGCUACCGUCACAUCGACUGUGCCUGGGGCUACCAAAACGAACACGAGGUCGGAGAGGGCAUCAAGGCCUCGGGCGUCCCUCGCGAGGAGAUCUUUGUGACCUCGAAGCUCUUUGAAUUCCACCACAACCCCGAGCACGUUCGCAAGGCCAUCAACCACUCGCUCUCGCGCUUCGGUCUCGAGUACCUCGACCUCUACCUGAUGCACUGGCCCGUAGCUCUCGAGCCCGAGGUCAAGGGUGACGACUUGCCCCUUGCGCCCAAGAAGAAGGCCAACGGUAAGCCUCAGGUCAACAAGGACCUCUCGGACAAUGUCCUCCCCACCUGGCGCGAGAUGGAGAAGCUCGUCGACGAGGGUCUCGUCAAGUCCAUUGGUAUCAGCAACUUCAACAUCCGCCGCACUCGUGCUCUCCUCAAGGAGUGCCGCAUCAAGCCCGUCACCGACCAGGUCGAGCUUUCCUUCACCUGCCCGCAGCCCGACCUCAUCGCCUGGCUCAAGAAGAACGACAUUGUGCCCCAGGCCUACUCGCCCUUGGGCUCCACGGGCGCCUCGCACGCCUCGCUCAAGGAGAUCGACACCCUCGCCAAGAAGCACGGUGUCGAGGGCGCCAACAUCCUCAUCUCGUGGCAGGUCGCGCGUGGCUGCAAUCCGCUGCCCAAGUCGGUCACCGCCUCCCGCAUUGCCAACAAUGCCAAGCUGGUCAACCUCACCAAGGAGGAGGUCGACGAGCUGGAGAAGGCCGCCCUCUCACAGCAAAAGAAGCGCGUCUGCGACCAGUCCGACGACUUUGACUAUGACAUCUUCGAGGAGAACCAUCCGGAGAACAACGACGCCGCUCAGGCCAAGCUCGGUUGAGCGAGUGCGCGCACAGAUGGUCGUGAUGUAGGCGGUCUGGCGCACGGUGAAGGUGGAUUUCAUUCGCAACUCGUGUAUCACGCAGGGCUCAACACUAUUCGUUACGGCAGCUGAUCGUGAUCGUCAUGCCAAUUCCACUACCAUGCUCGAC